CUCUUUCUCCAAGCUUGCUGCUCGUACGCUGCAGCUCCCUCUGCUAAUUCUGCAGCAUCGCAUCGAAGCUGACGCGGUGCACGACCAUACCCCAACACCGCCAUGGCGCCCAUUCCCGAUUCUGCAGGCGCCGCGCGAAAUGCUUCAAGCUUUAUUUUUGGCAAUGUGAGCGGUAUCUCUCGACUGUUGUUGUUGACACUGACCACCGAGCCUUGUUCCUAGCUUCCCCAAAGUGGCCAUCCCAAUGAGCCCGAAAUCAUAGAGAUUGAUGAAGAUGAUGACGACGACGAAGAUGUCAGAAAUAGCGACGAGAAUGUUGACGACGAGGAGGAGGAAGAGGAUACUGCAGAUUCAGUUGCGGAUAUGAAUGGCGAUGGAUCAUUAAGCCAUGCUACUAGCCCUAGCAUUCUACAAAGAAGUCCAGCUAUACGUCCACCCGCAUCCUCCAUUUUUUCUUCCUCUGGUGUUCAGCAAGUUUUGCAUCCUCUUCGGCGUACAGCAGACCGUGUUACCCGCCAAAUGGAUGCUUUUGCGGAAAAGCUAGACCGCUUCAAGCAGCAGGACCGGACCCAGGGCUCCUACCAGGCUGCUUUCUCUCUCAUCAAGAACUAUCAGCUACACGCCUCUGAUGCGAUCAAUGAAGCUACUCGCCAAAGUACGUUAAAGCGGGCCAAGCUAGGUUGGAAUGCGAGUCGCGAGGCGGAUCUGUCGACUGCCACAUCUGAAGAGGACUUGCAGCGACUGCAGCUUGAAAUCGACACAUGGGACAUUCUGCUAAAUUUGAUUGCGGUUGAUGACCCCACGGCUAUUUCUCACGCAAAAGAGGCACAGAAAUCUGUCUUUCAGAACCUGCACCGCUAUUCCACGGACAGAGAAGUGUGGGAACAAUUCUUAGAUGCUGAUCAGCAUGCAACUGAGUGCGUGAUGGUGAUGAAAUGGCUGGAGACAAAAGCAAAGUCGUCGGCACAGCAGUUGGAUUCCGUGAUAGCAAAUUUGGAAGCGCAAGCAGAAAGGGGUACCGGAUUAUGGGCACACGGGUGGUUGUACACCAAAGAAUCCAUCAAGGGACAAAAGCGACUUCGAGCUUGGCCCCAACCUUUGGAACCCAAUGAUCCAGGUCUAUUAGCUUCUUUGCUCAGCUCUGAGAAGCAGGAACCUUUGAUUACCCAGCUGGACCCAGAUGCUGUCAUUCGACAAAAGCAUGCUUUGCAAAAGCAAGACCAGUAUUACGAACAAGCCACAUGGUUAACUUGCUGGAAAAUGCUGAGGCAAGGUGAGACGUGGACCAAAAUUCGAGAGUGGUCUCAAGAGCGCCUUGAAAGUUGGCGGGCAGUCAGUCUCUGCGGUUCGAGUGUUGAUCAAGACGGUUCUGGCGGCAGACUCUCAGCAGAUGACAGCAUGACACGUAUGAUGAACUGUCGGUCACAGGAUGCAUGGCGAAGUGCCUGUUCUGCUCUUGCUCGAAACCCGAGCACAAAUGACUACGAACGAGCUGUCUACGCCUUACUUAGUGGCGAGACUGAGCCUGCUUAUAAGGUGUGUCGGAGCUGGGAUGAAUAUCUCUAUGUCUUCUACAAUCACAUUCUACUAUCUCGAUAUCGGAGCUUUUGUUCUCAGUUUUCAAAGAAACUUACUCACUCACCACUAGUAAAUGUACCAUACGUGCCAGAACCGAUGGAUUAUAAUGCAACUCGUCUUUUCUUAGACGGUUUGAAAACACACGACCUGAUUGGUAUGGAGGCUCGCAAUCCUUACCACACGAUUCAGGCUGCCAUUCUCGGGAAGAACUUUGACUCCUUCUUCUUGUCAACGGCAUACGCUACCUCCAAAAUUAACAAAGCACCGAAAGACCUGCAUAUAAUUCCAAAUCUGGGCGUCAGCAACAUCGACGGCUCUGCGAUCAUCGCGGUUCGUGACAAGGAUGCACUACGAAUCAUUGCUCACCUGUAUAUCAUUACGAGGAAUUUGUCAUAUCUUCGCUCUGAUACAUCUUUCUAUGACACGGUAUCACUGAACGUGAUUGCCUACAUCGAAAGUUUGCAGCAGGCUGAGCUCAUCGAAUGGAUUCCGCUCUAUGCCUCGUUUCUACCAUCCGGAUUGGUCUCCAAUAUUAUUACACAAGUGUUAAUUGGUGUUAGCGAGCCUCGGGAAAUGAACAGAAUGGCCAAACUACUAGAAAAACAUGACAUCAACAUAGAAGCUGUUCAGGAGAGUCUAUGCGACUACGUUUUACACAACACACCGAAGCCGGGAUAUUCCUCUUUUACCCUGGAUUGUAAAGCCGUUCGUGAUCGAGAAAAGAAGGAUAUGAUAUUGAUGCCUGUGAUCAAGAAGUUUGCCGGCAAAAAGGCGAGCCCUCAGAAUGGGCGUUUGAUUCGAUGCCUCGAAUGGUAUUCGUAUCUUGAGGGACAUUGGAGUGUGAUUUGCAGGCUGGUUGGGUAUCUUUAUAAGAGAUUUUAUGGGAACGGCAUGUUAUUGGAAGCUCGUGAAUUAAGUGAAAAAAUGAAUCUUUCAGAAGUAUCUCAAAAGGUUCUCGGUUAUGACAUACGCCAGGCUCACUUGAUUGAGGAAAAUGGACUGGCAGACGCGUCCAUACCGCCAAGUCCCUCAAAAAGUCCGUCAAAGAAACAACGAUUUCGUCGAUCUCUAUCGCAAGAUGAACGGUCACAACAUCUCGUGGCAGCUGAGUUAGUGCUAGACUUGGAAUACAUCAGUUGGGCAUACAGUUCUUUGGAUGAAUUCCAAGAGGUUUGGGAGCAGCUCGAAUUAAACAAAAAUGCCGAAGCAGAAAAUUCCGAGCAUAUUAAAGAGCUCAAGGAACGUCUCCAGUAUGCUAUCGAGCAAGCAACAGAGCAUACCGAGUCGUUGCUCGACAAAGAUUACGGCAUAUUAACUAACGCCUCAUCCCCGGAAGAAGAGAAACAGCUUGAAUAUAUCCGAAAAACUUACUUCCCCGAUAUUGUCCUAAACUAUCUCACUGCUUUGUACUACUCAAGCUUGAAGCUAUCACGUGGCCUCCUGGUCCGAAGCAUGGAACUGAUCGUCCUUAUUGCGGAGGACAAUAAUAUGCUCGAUUGCUUUAUCGAUUCACAUCGAAUGACAGAGCUGGCGGAUGCAAUGGCUUUGGCGUCCGCAGCUAUGAUCAACGCACCAAUGCCUAAGGGACGAAAGAAGACGGAGGGGGUUGGCCAACUUGAUAUUUGGAAUAUCACAACACCAAAAGAAGGUGAAGAAUAUCAACUUCCAGCUGCAAAGUGGCCAUAGUUGGUGAUGUCGCUUCUUGGUCAUAGAAUGACUUUGAAAAGAAUGUUCUUGUUCCUUCCAUUGUGAUCAUGGAUUGGAAAUGCAUGUAAAUUAUCAUUAUUCUAAGUGGAAAUGCAUGCUAGGAAAUUACUAGCACCGCCCAUAAUGACAGAGUUCCAAAAGCA